CCCUGGUAUAAAUUCCUCACUCGAGUCUGUCACAUCCAGCUCGUGCACUCUCGUCUCCCGUGCUAGUGUGGUGUGAUCAAAGCCGAGACUGAAGAUGGCUGCAGGCAAGGCACAAAUUGGAAAGCUGGCCCCAGACUUCACAGCCAAGGCGGUGAUGCCCGAUGGACAGUUCCACGACCUGAAGCUGUCAGACUACAGAGGGAAAUAUGUUGUCUUUUUCUUCUAUCCAUUGGACUUCACCUUUGUGUGUCCAACCGAGAUCAUUGCUUUCAGUGAUGCUGCUGAGGACUUCAGGAAGAUCGGCUGUGAGGUCAUCGGCGCCUCUGUUGACUCCCACUUCUCUCACUUUGCAUGGACCAACACACCACGAAAGCAGGGCGGUCUUGGUACCAUGAAGAUCCCCCUGGUGUCUGACACACGGCGCACCAUUUCCACAGAUUAUGGUGUCCUGAAGGAGGAUGAAGGCAUUGCCUACAGAGGUCUGUUCAUCAUUGAUGACAAGGGCGUCCUGAGACAGAUCACCAUCAACGACCUCCCAGUUGGACGCUCUGUUGAGGAGACCAUGCGUUUGGUCCAAGCCUUUCAGUUCACUGACAAGCACGGAGAAGUCUGCCCAGCCGGCUGGAAACCAGGAAGUGACACCAUCAAACCUGAUGUCCAGAAGAGCAAAGACUUCUUCUCCAAGCAGUAAUAAGCCCCGAGUCUGCAGCCUGCUGUAGGAGAUUUCAUUUAGAGAUUACAUUUACAGAGAACAAUAUUUAAGUGAGCCGCUGUGCCUGUGGAGGAGUGGUGUUUAGGAGACGGUUUUUGUAGUCAACAUGUGUGUGUUAUGUUGUCUGUAGAGUGAGUAGUGCACUUAUGACCAAAGUAUAUACUUAUAUAAUUAUAUUGUGGUAAUGUAUGCUAUUUUCACUGUUGGACUGAGCUAAAUGUCUGUUUGUUUUUACACAUCAUUCAUGAGCAUUGUUAGAUUCAAAGGUCCAUAGAAAGAUUUUUACUGUAAUGAAGCCACAAGCACCUCCCUUAAUUAUGUUCUAUUACGUUUGACUUUUUUUACUGUAAGAAAAACUGAUAUGUAAUCUGAAUAAAGAAUAUAGUUUAUAACAUGUUUACUUCAAA